AUGUACUCCUGCUAUACUCCUUCCCAACAGGAAAAGCGUCAGUGCUCUCAGAUGUUACUACCACCUCCUACUCCAGUUGGUACUGCCCCUGUAGCAGAACUGGCAGAACUACAUCAGUACUGCAGACAAUGUGCCAGCAAAAAGCUGGUUGUAGUUCCAGUGACACACCAGAUGUUGCAGAUCUGGGACACGGCUGGCCAGGAGAGAUUCCGAACCAUCACCCAGAGUUAUUACCGCAGCGCCAAUGGAGCAAUCCUAGCCUAUGAUAUCAGCAAGAGAGGCUCUUUCCUGUCCAUUCCUCGCUGGAUCGAGGAUGUGAGAAAGUAUGCUGGUUCGAACAUAGUACAAUUACUGAUUGGAAACAAGUCUGACCUAAGUGAUCUUCGAGAGGUUCAGCUGGAAGAAGCUCAGAGUCUGGCUGAACACUAUGAUAAUAUCAUCUGUGCCAUAGAGACCUCUGCAAAAGACUCCAGCAAUGUGGAGGAGGCUUUUGUGAAGAUGGCUACAGAGCUCAUGAUGAGGCAUGGAGGCCCUGUGUUCAGUGAGAAGAAUACUGACAGCAUCAAGCUUGACAGCAAAGAUGUUGUAGAAGGCUGGGGGUGUGGUUGCUGAUAUGAGCUAGGUGAUAUCC